AUUCACACCGGCGACUGACAGUGGUCGCGCGACCAAGUUGGUCGCAAAGCGACCAGUCGCAAAUGGUCGCAAACGGUCGCCUUUCUUGAAAAGCGACCAUUUUGGGCCAGUCGCUUUCUGCGCGAUUUUUCAGUCGCGCGACCGUGGUCGCAAAACUGAUAAACCAAUCAGCGGCGCACCGGAAGUGAUCUUUCAUGUGUCUACAUCCGGCUUCCUCCCGCGUCGCGGCAAAUACAAAGUCCACGACAUCAUGGAAGCUGCUGCGUAUUCGCCGGAGUUGCUGAUAGAGGCCGUUAAGCAGUACCCGUACCUGUACAACAAGCUGCACCCAUCAUUCAAAGACCGCAACAAGAAGGACGCCGCAUGGACCGAGAUCGGAAACAUGUUAGGCAUCUCCCGAACCUUUGCAGAGAAAAAAUGUAAAAACUUAAAAGACAUUUUCAAGAGGAAGCAGCAGGAGGUGCGCGACAAGCAGCGUAGAGGUGCAGGAGUGGUUGAUGUCCCCACCAUCAAAUGGCCCCACUUCGAGGCCAUGCUGGAAUUAACCGAGGUGGCAUCAGAACCUGUGGUGGUACUGUGCAGCAUGGAGGACACUCGAUCAAGGCAACAAAGCUGCGGAUGCCACCAAGUGCAAGAAAUGGCAUGUGCCUGGAGCAUGAGUACUGAUGCAUCCAAAAUGACAUACUUCCUCUACAGCCAUGCAGGUCAGAGUGCAAGCCACGAGGCUGUUGCGCAAGCCUGUACGGAGCAUCUAGCGCAACUAAGGGAGCAUAAAACCACAAACAAAAGGGAUGACAUUGCUUAUUUUGCGCUGAGAACUGAUGCGCGCCUGCGGGCACUGCCAAUACAUGUAGCGCAAGACCUGAUGCACCUAAUGGAGUCAAUGAUAUAUCAGGCAGAAGUGGAAAAUAGGAACACCAGCAAUUGAAAGAAACAUUUACCUUGGGUGCUGUUACACAUUCUAGUCAUAAUCAUCAUCAGCAUAUUUUUAGGUUAUUUUUUGUAUGUUCCUCAUACUUUUCUUUAUAGUAUUGUGAAAACUUUCUUUUUUGAAACAGUGCCUUACA